UUCCGUUCUUAACCCUUGCACUACUUCCAGGCCAUCCAACAUCGCUCCUCCUCCUUCCUCCCAACCUUAUCUCGAUGGCCAUGGAUUCCGACUCCGCUAUCGCUCCUUCUUCUCCGCCACCACCUUCAUCGCAAGCGCACAGCGGUUCCACCAACGAGGGGUCGCCGGAACCGGAGGAGUAUGAGACCGCAUCGGACCCGGAAAUUGAUAGCUCUUUCUCCGCGGCUGUGACGGAGAAAACCCUUUUGCAGGAUGAAAACGGCGUGACGAGUUCUCCGGCGGUGGAGCAUCAAAAUAAUGCAUCGGAGGAUGAAGGUGACUUCCAUGACUCUAGCCAAAAAGGGGUUUUGGGGGAGAAUUCUGAUUCCGUGUUUGUUGGCGAGAAAAAGGUGGAGGAUGAGGAGCAUGUUUCAUUGCCGCAGAAUCAAAUUGAAAGCGAUGAUUCUGGUGGGGGUGAAGCUGCAAAGAAUUUCGAGAAUGUGGUUGGUGAGAGCCACGUUAAAAAUGAUGAGAAUCUGGGUGUGGAAAUGGAAAAUGUUAAUAAGUUUGUUACAGAAGGAUCCGAGGAGCUGGAGCCCAAGAAAGCGGGGAGAGAUGACUCCAAUGAUACCGCAAUGGAGCCCAAAGCAAUUGAAAGUAUUGAAUCUGGAGCUGCAGACUCAAUGAAUGAAAGCGCUGUUGAGGAAGUGGAGCCAAAGGGCAUUGAAGCUGAAUCCACUGUUAUUGCGUCUAGUGAAGCUGGAGCUGAUACUCAAGGAUUUGACGAUGUUAUAGAUAAAGAGGAGAAGUCUGUGAAUUCUGAUGAGGUUUUACCUGCUGAUGAUGGUCAUUUGGUAUAUGGCAAUACUGUUUCAGUGAAGCCAAACGCUGUGGAAGUGGAUAAUGAAAAAAACGGUAAUGGAGAUGAGACAGUUGAACCUUUUGUAGAUUAUGCAAAUGCUAAUGAAAGCACUGAGGAUGAAUUGGAAGCAGAAGUAAAGGCUAAAAAGAAGUCUGAGAAGCAGGAGGAAAUUGGUGCUAUUAAUGAAGCUAACUCUGAAAGAAACGUAGGAGUAGACAAUCUUCAGAAUGCCGAAGCUCCAGAAUUGGAUUCAAUUGAUUCAUCAAAUGAUGUGGUUGCAGGCAAGGGAGAGAUUCUGGCAGAUAGCCCUGCAAAUGUGGAUUAUGAGACUGUGACGAGUCCUGUAGAUAAGCUUGAUCAACAGAAUUGUAGUGAGAUCAGUGGAGGUACUCCUUUGAAUCAAGAAGCUCCGGAUAAGAAAGUGGUGGUUGGUUUAGAGCAUGUUUCUAGCCAGGGUGAAGGUGAACUGGUAACUGCAGAUGAGGGUACUUUGAACUCAGCUUUAGAAGAGGAGACUCUUCCUGUUAGUGCAAAAGAAACUGUGGUCGGGGAUGACAAUACUGAAGGAACUUCUACAGAAAGUCUGCCUCAGAAGAGUACUGCUGAUAAUCUUAAUCAAUUGAAUUCUAGCGAGAUCAGUGGAAGGAGUACUUCUCUGAAUCAAGAAAUUGCUGAUGAGAAGGUGGUGGUUGGUUCAGAACAUGCUUCUAUCCCUGAUGAAGGUAAAGUUGGGCUUAAGUUCAAUGCAGGUGGUGGUGAGUUGAACACUGCUGAUGAAUUGGUAACUCUCCCUGACACUGCAAAAGAAGUUGAAGAUGAGAAUACUUUCAAAACUACCACUGAAAAUCUGCCUAAAAUUUCUGAAUUGGAACAUCAGGUGGAACCUGAUGCUGAUGAGUCUCAAGUAGGUGCUGCUGAGGAUGGGAAAGAUGAGGAGGAUGAAGAUGAAGAUGAAGUCAGAAUUUCCGAUGGUCCAGCAAGGGUUGCUAUUUUGGAUAGUCCUGAGGCUGCAAAGCAGAUUAUAAGGGAAAUGGAGAGGAUUUCAGGUAUUCAGGGCUCCAGGGAUGCAGGUGGACAGAUUGUUUCUGACUCCGAUGAGGUGCUGGAUUCUGAUGAGGAUGGUGAAGGGGGUGAGCUAUUUGAUUCUGCAGCCUUGGCUGCACUUCUCAAAGCUGCCACUAGUUCUUCUGAUGGAACUGUUACCGUCACUUCUCAAGAUGCUGCUAGAAUUUUUUCAGGGGACCGGCCUGCUGGUCUGGGAACUGCUCCAUCUCUGAGGCCAGCUGUUCCCCGUUCUACUCGUCCUAGCCUCUUUGCUCCCUCUGAGCUUGCCGCAGUUUCAGAUUCUUCUCAUUCUAUGGAUGAUGAUGAAAAAAAACUGCAUGAGAAGGUUGAGCAGAUAAGGGUGAAGUUCCUUCGUCUUGUUCAUAGGUUGGGUCAUUCUCCAGAAGAUACAGUGGCUGCUCAAGUCCUUUAUCGUAUUAACCUUGCAGAAGGAAUCAGGCAAGGCAGGCAAGUAAGCCGUGCAUUCAGUAUCGAGAACGCUAAAAAACAAGCCUUGAAACUUGAAGAGGAGGGGAAGGAUGAUUUAAACUUCUCAUGCAACAUUUUGGUCAUUGGAAAGACUGGUGUGGGCAAAAGUGCAACUAUAAACUCCAUUUUUGGUGAAGAGAGAUCUCAUACCCAUCCUUUUGAAUCAGCAACUACUUCAGUGAGGGAGAUUUCUGGUGUGGUUAAUGGUGUUAGAAUUCGUGUUAUAGACACUCCUGGGCUCAAAUCAUCCAUAAUGGAUCAAGCAAAAAAUAGGAAAAUCCUAUCAUAUAUAAAGAAGUUUACAAAGAGGUGCCCUCCAGAUAUUGUGCUCUAUGUGGACCGAAUGGAUACACAGACUCGUGAUUUCAAUGAUUUGCCUCUUUUAAGGUCAAUUACUAGUAUCCUGGGCUCAUCAAUCUGGUUCAAUGCCAUUGUUGCUCUCACCCACGCAGCUUCUGCUCCUCCUGAUGGCCCCAAUGGUUCUCCCUUGGGCUAUGAAAUGUUCAUUGAUCAAAGAUCUCAUGUUGUUCAGCUAUCUAUACGACAAGCAGCUGCAGACAUGCGUCUCAUGAAUCCAGUUGCUCUUGUUGAGAAUCAUCCUUCUUGCAGGAGGAAUAGGGAGGGUGAGAGGAUUCUUCCUAAUGGAUUGAGCUGGAGGCCUCAGUUACUUCUUUUGUCCUACUCAUCAAAGAUAUUAUCUGAAGCCAAUUCCCUUUUGAAGCUUCAAGACUCUUCUCCUGGAAAGCUCUUUGGUUUCCGCCUCCGAUCCCCUCCGCUUCCUUUUCUGUUGUCUUCCCUUCUGCAAUCCAGAGCACAUCCAAAGCUUUCUGGUGAUCAUGGUGGUGAUAAUGCUGAUUCGGAUAUUGACCUCGAUGACUUGUCUGAUGCAGAACAAGAUGAAGAAGAAGAUGAGUAUGAUCAGCUCCCACCAUUUAAGCCUCUAAGAAAAGCUCAGAUUGCCAAGCUUACCAAGGAGCAAAGGAAGGCCUAUUUUGAUGAAUACGAUUACCGGGUAAAACUUCUUCAGAAGAAACAAUGGAAAGAUGAGCUUCGCCAUUUGAAAGAGGUGAAGAAGAAAGGAAAGGCAAAUACCGAUGAAUUUGCCAAUGGUGAUAUUCCUGAAGAUUAUGAUCAGGAUGGUGGUCCUGCAGCUGUGCAAGUCCCUCUACCAGAUAUGGUACUUCCACCAUCUUUUGAUUGUGAUAGUCCUGCUUACCGCUACCGAUUUCUGGAGCCAACAUCUCAGCUUCUUACUCGACCAGUACUGGACACACACGGUUGGGACCAUGAUUGUGGUUAUGAUGGUGUCAGCAUUGAAGAGAGCCUUGCUAUUGCUGGUCUAUUUCCAACGUCAAUGGCAGUUCAGAUCACUAAGGACAAGAAGGAUUUUAACAUCCACCUAGACUCCUCUGUUGCAGCCAAACAUGGAGAACAUGGCUCUACACUUGCUGGGUUUGAUAUCCAAUCUGUGGGGAAGCAGCUAGCCUACAUUCUCCGCGGGGAAACCAAAUUUAAGAACUUGAAGAAGAACAAGACUGCAGCUGGAAUAUCUGUUACUUUCUUGGGGGAAACUGUAGCUACUGGAUUGAAAGUAGAAGACAGAGUAUCCGUUGGCAAGAGGCUUGGUCUUGUGGCCAGCACCGGAGCAGUCCGUGCACAGGGGGAUGUUGCUUAUGGAGCGAACGUUGAGGCACGCCUUAGGGACAAGGAUUACCCUUUCGGUCAAGCUCUUUCUACUUUGGGGUUGUCUCUGAUGAAAUGGAGGAAUGAUUUGGCUCUGGGAGCAAAUUUGCAGUCUCAGUUCUCUGUUAGCAGGAAUUCAAAGAUGGCUGUUCGAGUUGGGCUGAACAACAAGCUUACUGGGCAGAUAACCGUUCGGACGAGCACCUCAGAGCAGCUUCAGAUUGCACUUGCUGGUAUCAUUCCGUUAGCUAUCUCUAUCUAUAAGAGCAUUUUGUCUAAUGAGUCAUAUUUGGAUCAUUAGAUUUUGAUUUCUUUGCGUGUAGAUUGUGAGAGGAUCGUAAAUUUAGCAUUUCUUGAAGAUGAGCAUGAUUUAGUAUUGAUGUUUUUCUUGAGUCUGGAAUAAUGAGACUUCAAUCUUAAUCUAUUUCAGUCAGCCGGUUAUUUUGA